AUGGCUCCCGCUCUCCAUCGCCAGGAGGACGUCACGGACAUCAUGGACAUCAUCAUGGGCCGCCAUCGCCAGGAGGACGUGGACAUGGAGGACAAGGAGGACACGGAAGACAUGGAAGACAUGGAGGACAUGGAGGACAUGGAGGACACGGAUCCCGCUCUCCUUCCCCUGGAGGACGUCACGGACAUCAGGGACAUCAUCAUGGGCCGCCAUCAGGAGAUCGUGGAAGACAUGGUUCCCGCUCUCCAUCACCAGGAGGACGUCACGGACAUCAUCAUGGGCCGCCAUCGCCAGGAGGACGUGGACAUGGAGGACGAGGAGGACACGGAUCCCGCUCUCCUUCCCCUGGAGGACGCCACGGACAUUACGGACAUCAUCAUGGGCCGCCAUCAGGAGAUCGUGGAAGACAUGGUUCCCGCUCUCACUCUCCAGGAGGACGUCACGGACAUCACGGACAUCACCACGGACCGCCAUCGCCAGGAGGACGCGGCCACGGAGGACAAGGAGGACACGGACGUCAUCACGGACCACCACGACCAGGACCGGGAAGACGUGGCCACCACUCCCGCUCGCCUACUCGCCACCAUCACCACGGAGGCCGCCCGUUCCCUCCUCCACACCAUCAAGGAAAUCAUCACCAUCACUUCCCGCCGCCGCCGCCGCCAUUCUGGCCGCCGUACCCGCCACCACCGCACUUCUGGCCACCGCAUCAUCAUGGACAUCACCAUCACGGACACCGCUCGUACUCUCCAUAAUUCUCUGAUCGCAUUGCUUACGUUGUGCAUAUUGUACAUUCAUUUAUUGUGUUGA